ACAGUCAUGCGUUGCACCGCCGCUCGUCCUUGCCAACCAAAACUUUUCAUUACUUUUUCGACGACUUUCGAUUAUACUUAUCGCAAGCUGGUGAUAAAUAAAUUUACCGCAGGUAUAGAAAAUGUCGGUCGGCAAAACUGCACUGGUCGAUCAAGUAGAAAACUGCAACUUGAUGGAUAUUAAAGUAGUUGACAACGUGUCGUUUACCCUUAAUGGACGCCAACACAAUGUUUCAACAACAAAUAUUUCAUCAGAUACAACCCUCAACGAGUAUUUAAGAGAACAUCUGAAUUUAACCGGUACGAAAUACAUGUGUCGCAUUGGUGGUUGUGGCGCAUGCGUCGUGAGUGUCAACAUUAGAAAUCCAGCAACAAGUGUUAAACAAACCUACGCUGUUAACUCAUGUCUUGUAAAUGUAUUAUCCUGUCAAAACUGGGAAAUCACCACCGUUGAAGGUAUAGGCAACCGUGUUGAUGGCCUCCAUGAAGUCCAACAACAAAUAGUUGAUUUUAACGCGUCGCAAUGUGGAUUUUGCACGCCUGGAAUGGUAAUGUCAAUGUACGCCUUACGGGAAGGUGGAGGCCUGACUCCCGAAGGCGUGGAACACGCCAUGGGCGGGAAUAUCUGUCGGUGUACCGGUUACCGAUCAUUACUAGACGCCUACAAAACCCUAGCAAAUGAAGAUGACAUUGAGGAUUUGUCAUUAUGUGGUAAUAAAUGUAAAGAUAAAUGUGAUAGACAAGCAAUUUGUCCACAAGUAAAGUUUGAAGAUGAAAUUCAAGUGUUUCAAACACUGGGGACACAAAAAUGGUACCGCGCCACGAAAAUCGCGGAUGUUUUUCGAGUUUUCCGGCAAAAUCGUAACACGAGGAGGAGUUAUACUUUCGUUGCUGGAAAUACAGGCAAAGGAAUUUACGAAGAAAUAAUGAACGUGGACUACUGUAUUGACAUAAGUUCAGUGGCGGAUUUACACGGUUAUACAUUGGAUACAAAUAAACUCGUUAUUGGUGCGAAUACAACAAUCACGGAAACAAUUGAAGCGUUUUAUUCAGUGGCCGAACGCGAUGAUGGUUUCAAACACUUGAAGAAAUGCGCGGAGCACUUGAAACAAGUCGCCAGUGUACCCAUAAAUAAUAUUGGAACACUCGCUGGUAAUUUGGCACUGAAACACGCAUACAACGAAUUCCCAUCGGACAUUUUCCUACUCCUGGAAGCCAUUGGAGCUCACAUUGUAAUAGAUAAUGGUCUACGUAGUAAUAAAUUCACUCCCGUGCAGUUUCUCUCAUACAACAUGCAACAGAAAUUAAUUCGUCGUAUAGAAUUACCCCCACUACCAUCAUCGAUAAAAUUUGACUCGUUUAAAAUAUCCAAACAUACACAAACUUCAGUGGCAAUAGUAAACGCUGUUUUCCUGUGUGGCUUCAACAAUAAAAACGUAGUGAACAACGCCACAGUGCUCUACGGUGGAAUAAACCCCGCCUUUACGCACGCCUCCAAACUGGAAUCAUUUCUACAAGGUAAAAACCUCUUUGACAACGCAAAUCUACAACGUGCUUAUAAAAUAUUAGAAGCUGAGCUACAACCUGAAGAAGUUACACCGCCAAUUGGAGAGGAUUUUCGAAAACAGUUAGCUAUUUCAUUGUUUUAUAAGUUUGUGUUGUCAAUUGCACCAGAUGGCGUUAUGCAAGCAGUUAAUAAAAGUGGUGGGGAGAGAUUAAUACGCCCUCUGUCAAGUGGUACCACUAAAUUUAAAGUUAACACUGAUAUGCCACCAAUUGGCAAACCGCUUGGCAAGAUGGACGUUGCGGACUUGGCUUCCGGGACUGUCAAGUUCGUUUCUGACAUGGCGGAUCUCCCAGGGCAACUUCACGCUGCUUUCGUGUUGGCUGACGCAGCACCUGGUUCUGUACUGAAAAAAAUAGAUGCUUCUAAAGCUUUGGCGAUAGAUGGCGUUGUAGCAUUUUUUCAGGCUUCAGACAUUGCGGGAGUUAAUUCUUUUAUGGGUCCUGUUAACAAUGUUGCUUUCAAUCAAGACGAAGAAGUUUUCGUUGCGUUGAAUUCACCCGUGAUGUUUCAUUCUCAAUCAUUGGGAUUAAUUGUAGCAAAAAGCAGAAAACUAGCAGCGGCAGCUUGUGAUUUAGUUGAGGUUACGUAUGACGACGCUACAAGUGUACCUUUGAUGAAUAUCGCAGAUGUUUUAAAACUCAAGGCAACGGAUAGGAUACAUCAUGAACAGGAAGUAGUCGCGCUUCGACAAGAUCCUGAUGCUGAUGUUGUAAUAAAAGCCACGCAAACUUUCGGAUGGCAAUACCAUCACUUCAUGGAAUUAACCGUGUCCAGCGUUGUCCCAACUGAGGAUGACGGUCUUAUAAUUCAUCCAUCAACGCAAUGGCCGGAUGGAGUUCAAGCAGCCACCGCACGCUGCCUCAACAUCAAAACCAAUCAAAUCACUGUCAAACAGCACCGCAUAGGUGGCGCUUUUGGUGGUAAGAUUACACGCGCAUUGACAUCGGUUGCCGGCGCGCUUGCCGCGCAUAAACUCCGUAGACCAGUCAAAGUUUUCAUACCACUACAGACGCAGAUGAAAAUUUUGGGUAAACGCAGCGCUGCUUUGAGUCAAUACGAAGUAGGCGUAGAUGGCGCUGGUGUUAUUAAGUAUCUCAACAACAGUUGUUAUGUCGAUAUGGGCGCGUAUGGCAACGCUUUAUAUUCAUCUUACAUGAUGGAUGUAUAUUUAAACUCGUAUGUAAACACGGCUUUCCAAACGGAUACUUAUUGGGUACGUACUGAUCAUCCGGCUGCUAUAUCAAUGCGAGCGCCAGGAAGUCUCACAGGUGGCGCUAUGAUCGAGAGUAUAAUGGAGCAGAUAGCCUGCAAACUAGGGAAAGAUCCAUUAGAGGUUAAAAAAGCGAACUUAAAUAGUGAAAAGCAUAAAUUACUCUCGCAGUUGAUUGAUGAAUGUGUCGAAUGGUCAGAGUAUAGCAGUAGAAGAAAGGAAAUUGAUGAUUUUAACAAGUUAAAUAGAUGGCGCAAACGUGGCAUUUCUAUAGUGCCAUUGACGUACGGAUUAUAUUUUGAGAAACCGAUGCAUGUACAAGUUACUAUUUAUCAGGCAGAUGGCGCUGUUGAAGUUGUACAUGGCGGGAUGGAACUUGGUCAGGGCAUCAACACUAAAAUUACCCAAGCAACUGCGUAUCUUCUUGGUGUUGACAUUGAGUUAAUCAGAGUUAAGUGUGGCAAUUCAUUUAUUACACCAAAUAAUAUGACUACAGGCGGGUCAAUAACCACUGAUAGUGCUUGCAAGGCAUUGACCACUGCUUGCAUUAACCUUAAAACACGUAUUGAAGCAGUAGCUAAAGAGUUUCUACCUACAAACGCCACCUGGUUGCAAAAGGUUCAAAACGCAAUGGAGAAAGGAGUGAACCUCACCGAAAACUCAAUUUUUUCUGAGGAUCCAGACAAUUCUGCAAAUUAUUUUAUAUACGCGGUGGCUGUGUGUGAAGUCGAAUUGGAUCUCCUUACCGGCGGCCAUCUUGUGCAACGCGUUGACAUUUUAGCCGACAGUGGCGACAGUCUCAACCCACUUAUCGACGUUGGACAGAUAGAGGGCGCUUUUGUGAUGGGUAUCGGCUACUGGACAAUGGAAGAAAUUAUCACUGAUGCUGAAGAUGGCGCUCUGCUCACCAAUGACACGUGGACGUACAAAGUGCCUGCAGCGAAGGAUAUACCUGUUGAUUUUCGCGUGCGGCUUGCCGAGGACGUACCCAAUGAGAAAAACACUCUGCGAAAUAAAACAAUGUCACAGCCGCCUAUUUGUCUGGCGGUGGGUGUACCGCUGGCAAUUAGACAUGCUUUGCAGAGUGCCAGAAGUGAAGCGAAUCCAGAUGCAGAACCAUGGGCACUAAUGGAUGGUCCCAGUACGAUUGACUGGAUAUAUACGAAUAGUUUAAAUAAUUACACCCAGUAUAUAUUAUAAUAUAUGUAGGUACUUGUAAGGGAAGCAAUAUUAUUGUAUUGGCAAUUUAUUACACACAUUUGACAUUCUUCAUCAAAGAAUCCAAAUAAUAUUUGGAUUUAAACUUAUACAUCUAAAAAUUGACAUUGUGAUGAUAUUGAAACUGAUAUCGCAUAUUCCCCACUACACCGCGCUCAAAAAGUACCCAUGCGGUCUGAAAGUAUCAAGAGUGCCUUGCAAUUUCAUUUGUUACAACAACACGCCGGGCACCAGUCACCAUUUUGUUUUAAACAUCAUUUAUUGUCUAAGUAGGCACGUGGUGAGCGUUUGCACAAGCCAUCAAAUAAUUUCCAGUUGAUAAUUUUACUUAACUCGGCGUAAAUAGUGUUAAGAUUUUAAAAUGCCUAGAGUAGCCCGCAAGCAAAAAGUGUCUAAACAAGCAAAAACACCAAAAUCUAACCCAACCGUCGCCAGCAAAGCAAGCACGCCAAUCAGUAACAGUAUCCAUCAUGAUAUUACGUUGCUGAUUGAAUCACCCCAUGCACAAGUAAUGCCUCAGCAGCGUGCAAGAGAUGUAGAGGAUCGACAAUUACAGGAGGUGAUCAAUAAAGUCGCAGAGGCGACCGAAAAACAUGGCGAUUGUAGUCGUCACAAGAAGAAGGUGCGCAUGGCACGCAUGCUCAACGAUGCCGCUAGAAACAUCAUGAAUGAAAUAAAUGAAUCCAGCGAUGAGAGCGACUGGAGCGAGACCUGCAGUUCAGCAAGUUCAUCUUCGGACUCUUGUACGUGCAGCAAUUGUGCCGGAGAUUUUGAUUUCUCGCCGGAUGAGUCUGGUACACAAAGUGAGUGUGAAUGCGAUUGCAGUAACUGCAUGAUGGAUGAUGAGUAUACAUUAGAUUCGAGCGAGGAAUGGGAGGAUUAAAAAUUUACCGAUUAACAAAAGAAGUAUUUAUAGAGAAACAUGUUUAAAAAACGUUUAAUAUUUAUAGUUUUAUGAUAAUUAAUUAAUAUGUAGAUUAAGGAUUUUAGGUGUUUGUAUUUUAUUGUUUCACAUAUUGUUGAUAACAAUCAAAAAUAAUUAAUUAUAGGUGUGUGUAUUUGGAUAAACUGUCAAUCAAACUGUCAAUCAAAACAAAAAAAUUAAAUUUAAUCAAAGAUUGCUUUAAA